CUUCAACAUCGGUGCUCGGUAGAGGAAUCUUUCGGCCUGCCUGGCUGCAGUUCAUCUUGUUUUUCACGAUGUUUGUCGGAUCAGACUGCAGUACGACGGGCCAUCUGAGUAUUUGUUUCAUCUCAGCUCAAAGAUCACAGUAUCGGUAUCCUUGCCAUGAUCCUGGAAACUUGAGCACACAUCAUCUACGUGAGCUUGGAUAGCUUUGCGGCUGUUCGAAGAUGAUCAACACUGCCCCCUUGUCGUUACCACCGGUUGUCGGGGAGGACGUGCCCGUGGCUGCGCCUGCACCAUCUCAGGAACAUGCGAAAUCAAAUGCAAACAAGAACGGUGAGACCUCCGACGACCAGGAAGCUGCUGCAGACAAGCUUCACGAGGAAGCACUGCAGAGGCUGUCUGCGAACGAUCCAGCUGGGGCAGCUCUGUUGUUGGAAAAACACCUGGAGCUCCAGUUGGCGACUUGUCAAGAUACGGUGAAGAAUGGUGAGAAUAAAGGAAGCACCGAUGAUGUCGGGAAUAAAAAUGACCGGAGAAAAAACACCGCGCAGUCCGCUUUCAUCCUCGGCAUGCUGCAUUUACAGCACGUGAAAAACUACUCCUCCGCGGUGAAGCAUUUGAGAAUCGCACUACAGAUUCGAGAAAAACCCGAGGUCUGCGGAGAAUACCAUCCCUCGACGCUGGUCACGGUGGGGGCGCUGGCGGAGGUAAAAUUUGCUUCGUUGAUGUUGAUUCAAAAGUGACCAAAUUUUGUCAUGCAAUAGUACGGCAAACGCAAAAAAGUGGCAAAUGAAAAAUCAUGCCUGUAGAUCGUUCGAUCCAAUAGGCUAGUCCUUUGCUUUUCGAUUUUUCCAAGUGGAGAUCCAAAAAAUUCACGCAUGAACUACAGGCCCUCGAAGCCAACAACGCCCUGGAGGAAGCCGAAUCCUGCUACAAAAGGGCGGUCAGCGGGGCGUUGAAGGUGCUCGGUGAAGCGCAUGAGAACACGGGGUUUGCCUACAUGAAAUUGGGCUGGGUGCAAUACAAGCAAGCACUCGCGAGCCACGCUCGCAUGAAGGAUAGCGAAGAUGUUGCUGACCCAGCACAACAACUACGACGCCUUGCCGCGUUAGAAGAUACCUUUCUCGCUGCUUUGAACAGUUUCGAGAGCUGUUACAGCAAGACAAACUUCAGCAACAUCACAAACGUCGAGGAACACGGCGGGGAUCAUAACGGCCAUAAGCAUGACCGUGCUUACGGUUCUUGUGUAGUCAGUGAGGAGAAUCAGUUGACUCUGUUGAAGUGCAUGAACCAGUGCUGCGCGGUCUCGCUUUCAUCUCUUGCGCGGCCUGGAUUCCGCCCUGGUCUGAACGAUCCGGUACCGUUCUCCCGGUUGCAGAAGAAGUUGCAGAUGCUGUUCGAAGACGAGAAUCUCUUUCCUCCGGGAGAGCAAACAAACGAAAACGAGCAAGAGGGAAUUCAAGAUUGCGAGCAGAAGGAGGUGAUCGAGGCAGAAGAUCCGACCCAGGCAGGAGGACCGCUUGUACAGCAAGAACGUAAAAAGCUACAAAGCCAAAUCUGCCACAGAAUCGAGGAACUCCGGAAGAGCAUGCAGAAGAAAGAGGACCAGGCACGGCUGCAGGCAGCUAGGUUGCAGAAUGUUGGACUGAUGAAGAAAAUGAAUCCGGUGACGCAGCAGACGAUGGGCAGCGGUGGCGGCGGUGGUGGUGGGGACAACAAGAUGAAUUCGCUUGGGGGGUCCUGAUUGGCGGUGGAAUUCAAUUCACCGCUGAGCCUGAAGAACUGCUCUUGUGCCAGGAUAAUGCGAACAGAAGGCGGGGGUCGUGUAUGAGCGAGACUGAAGACGAGGUUGCUGCGACAACAUGGCUUCUUGCGUAGAAGAUGUUCAGGCAAGUAAAAAAGUCCGUACAUUCAUCCAGCAGCAGCAGCAAGCAUGAUGUCCUGACUGUUCUUUUCAGCACCAUGUGCAUGAAAAAAUCAUGUUCUCU